AUGACCACCCAAGAUCAUGAUAGAAAUAUUAGCGCUGAGGAAUAUGCGUCUGUUCACGAGCCUGAAACACAUCCUACCAGCCAGGACUCGAAAGGCAAAGAGCCAGCAGGAAUUGCCCCUGACUUCAAGCUUCCCAGUCAUGAAAAUGAAGACUACGCGGAAUUUAUGAAAACUCCCUCUAAUUCCCAAUUACGGACGUCUACCAGCUUGGCUAACCGACUAGACAUGAGCUUUACUGGCCCACUUGGCAUGGCCGGGAUAUAUGGGAUAUCAACGAACGAGGAAAAUGAUAAUGCUUUGCUUUCUAUGGGACUCUCGGCACGACCUUUACCUCCAAAACCAGCCUUGAAUGACUUCAUCCUUCGGAUCGGACGACUCUGUCCACGGAUGGCUGGUACAUUACUCACACGCUUCGCAGAAGAGCAGCAAUCCCGCUAUCAUUUACUGAAAGAAGCGGAUACUCGUCACUCCCGCGUUGUGGCUGACAACCAAUGCCCUUCGGAGUCCUUCUGCUUCAAACAAGGCGGCAGAGCUCGUCAUUUCUUGUCUGCCGACGACAGUUCCAUUGCGCAAUUCCCCCCUGGUUCGAGUGUCCAAUAUGUUUUGAAGUGA